UGGCGAGCGCUGAUUCAUUAAUAUUAAUUAGGUUACGUGAUUGGACUCUUCAGGAGCAUUGUUUAUUUAUAUUCAUAAGCUAAGCCGUGGUCAUAGUAGGAUGCCACCCUCUCGCUGUUAGUACAGAUACGAAGCGUUUAAUUUUUGUUUAGCAACGAUUGUCGCCGCAAAAAUGAGAGUUUUUCCUGUGAAAACGUUGUUUUAAUUAUGUGUAUUAUAUGGGCAAGAGAUCCUCGGAAAUUCAGUUUAAUCGCGGCUGGUCAUUCAUUUACAGUGACUUUACCACACAGAGGCAUUCAUAAACCAGUGCCCUGGAAACAAACAGCUAUGCAUAAUUGAUAGAUACUUAAAUCUAGUAUUUAACAACUAAUACACCGAGGAAAAGGACCGUGUUAGUACUUAAUAAGUACAGUUUUUGGAGGUUUGUGAUAACAGCGCCGCCAGGCAGGCAUGUGCAGAGAGGAUUUUGCAGAAAAUGAGGAUUGGACGUGAGCUACGUGCGCAUCCAGGGGUAGACGAGAUGACAUGGAGAGGCUGGAAAAUACGGACCUUUUAAAAGCACACAGAACCGAGAAUAUCUGUCCAGCGCCAGAGAGAGUCACGCAUGGCUGUUGUGAGACUCAUGCGGUGAGUAAAAUGGGUCUGAACGCGACCACGGCGGAGGAGCUGCUGGCAGGUCAGGCGUCCAGAUCGGAAUCCGGUAUUACGGUUCUGAAGAACGAGUCUAAAAGCGGGUUGCCGUUGUAUAAUGGCGAAGGACGAGUGUCCAAGGCCGCUACUACUGAAGGAAGUUAUCAUGAUGUUCCAGUGCAGAAGCACAGCGGGUAUUCACAUCUGAAUGGACUGGUGGAAACCCCCAAUGGGGGUCCCACACACAUGGGACAUGCAGACAGGACUCUAUUGCCUGGGAAAAGACCUUGUGGAGAUGUUAGAUUCAGACACCUCCAGCAUCAGAGGAGAAGAGAUGAGGAAAACCGUGACUCAGGGUUCGGGGCCAUUGGUGGCGGUCCUGGAAUGGGGGCCGGAUCCAGCGGUACUUCGGAAACAUCCCAUGUACCGGAAACUGCUUACCCUCAGCUUGAAUGCAAAAGGAGGAGGCUUGAAACAGACCCCAAAACAGACACUAGCAAAAGCACAUGGACGAUUGCGCCCCUUGCAGCCAAUCACCAACACAAAAACUGCAGUGUGACGAGCCCCAUAUCCUCUUCUGGUUGGGUUCACCACAGUGGGCAUAAAGUUGCAAUGAACCAUGCACCAGGGCAGGCCAAGCAGGCUGAGGUGCAGUCCAUGACCAUCAGUGCAGGUUGGUCUCCAGAGCACAUGGCUCAGCAGUACUUAGUGCCCUGUAUGAAGUUUUAUGGCAUUUGUGUUAAAGAUGGCUUCCUGGGGUCUCGACUUGGGGAUAAGGUUCUGGAGGAAGUGGAGACUCUGAAUCGCAGUGGGAAGUUUCGAGGCGGCCAGCUGGUGAGCCAAAAGAGCAUCCCCUCCAAGAACAUCCGUGGAGACCAGAUAGCCUGGGUUGAAGGCAAUGAGCCGGGCUGUGAAAAUAUCGGCGGCCUCAUGGCUCACAUUGAUGAGGCCAUAAUGCGUAGUGCAGCCAAUGGACAGCUGGGUGACUAUGUCAUCAACGGCCGCACCAAGGCUAUGGUGGCGUGUUAUCCUGGUAAGGGAACAGGAUAUGUGCGGCAUGUGGACAAUCCUAACGGCGAUGGACGGUGCAUAACCUGCAUCUACUAUCUGAACAAAGACUGGGAUGUGAAGGUUAAUGGAGGUUUAUUACAGAUCUACCCUGAGGGUCGUAGUGUUGUGGCUAACAUUGAGCCUCUAUUUGACCGUCUGCUCAUUUUCUGGUCAGACCGCCGGAACCCACAUGAGGUGAAACCAGCUUUUGCAACACGCUACGCUAUCACUGUUUGGUACUUUGAUGCAAAAGAGCGAGCAGAAGCCAAGGAGAAGUACAGACUGGCUACUGGACAGAAAGGAGUUCAAGUGCCUGUCACUCAGAGCAACAUGACCUGAAUCGCAGCCAGCUGAGGGAGCACUCAAGUGCAUCCUGUUCUUGUGUAUGCCAACCUAUGCAGCUACGUGAUUGGCCGUUUCAAGAGGAGAUGCAGGAAGCACAACAAACAUGCCUUUGUGGCAUCAAACACCCAAUUGGAGACAUCUCCUUUGAUUUGAUUGGUCCUCUGAGUGCACAAAAGACUGUUUUUGAAUGAAGACCACUAACAGAGGUGUCUGUCAAACUUGGGAUGGUCACGACUCUGAAAGGCUGGUGGGAAUUGCUGAUUUUUCUCACCCUGUGGAAAGUCAACAGCAGAAAUGUAACAGAAUAAGAAGGGACCCAAGUUACUGUAUUGAGUAAUUGCUGUAUUUUCUGUAAUAAGAAUUAAAAUAUCCAAGCUCACCCUUGCUUUUCACAAAUGUACUCCCCUGUGAGUAAGUGGGUUAGAUGAGCUUUUCCAGUGGCCUUUGAGCUAACUCAGAUUGACAGGAAAUGAGGAGGUGAGACUGGAAGACUCAACGUGUCAUAUCCUGUUUAACUCUGUGAAUGUGCAGCCAGCUUUAAGGGAUAUUUCACCCAAAAAUGACAAUUCUGUCAUUUACUCAUUUACUCACACACACGUUGUUCCAAAUCUUUCUUUCUUCUGUGGAACACAAAAGGAGAUGUCCUCAGUCACCAUUCACUUUCAUUGUAUCUUUUUUUUCAUAUAAUGAAGUGGUGACUGAGGCUAACAUUCUGCCUAACAUCUCCUUUUGUGUUCCACCAAAAGAAAGUCGUACGGGUUUGGAACGACAUGAGAAGUAAAUGAUGACAGAAUUUUCAUUUUUGCGUGAGCUGUUACUUUAACACUGAGUUCUCAAUAGGUCAUGAAUAAUUACCUAUUAAUAGUAACAUAAACAAAUUAUAAAUAUAAAAUAUGAAUAAUAACAUAAAAUAAUAAACAAUAACAUUGUACAGAACAUUUCAGAAGUGAUCGUAAUCCAUAAUGAUUGCCUGUUUUGGGGCCUGAGAAAUAGGAAAACUUCAGUGGUGAAUUCACUAAAAAUGAAUAGCAUCUGUAAGUGCAGUCUGCUUUGCUUAAUAAAUUAUGCAUAUCAGUUGAUGCCACAAACACGCCCACAAAAUUAAUGCGGAAUGCAAUUUGCACAAUGCAAUUCUCGAUCUUGCAGAUCGGUUCUGAGUGAUAGGUUGUGGAGGAUACAGAAGACUACAGCUUUACUGGGACUGUACAGCGUCACUCUACCACUGUGAUCCAGAUAUUUGAAUCAGCUUUUUAAAUUGCCAAAAGGCACAUGACUACACCACACAUCAUUUGAUCAUCAUUUGAUAAAUUACUGCUGCCAUGAUCGCUCCAAAAUGUAUACUAACUUAACUUUAAAACACAAUUACAAAAAAAUAACGCCUGCUUUCUGUGGCCAGGGAUAACGUCACAAUAAGUGCGGCAGAAAAAUAGCACUGACGUUUGUGAAUGUUGCGCAAUCUGCGAUGAGCCUAAUUUGCAUAGAAGAGAGGCGUUUCUGCCGAGAAAUAAAUAAUAAUUAAUUAGAUAUACACGGAGCAGCACUGUAUUUGUACAAAUAGAUGGUUAAAUUGAUAGUUCAUCCCAAAAUAUGUUACCAUCAGUAGUUUAGCCUAAGUCACCAUUCACGUUCAUUGCAUCUUUAAUCCACAAAAUAAAAAGUGAAUGGUGACUAAGGCUAACAUUCUGUCUGACAUCUUCUUUUGUGCACCACAGAAUAAAGUCCAACAGGUUUGGAACAACAUUAGGGUGAGUCAGACUAAUCACUGUGAAUUUGGCAACAGCUGGUUAAAAUUCAAAACACUGCCCCCAGUGGACGAAGCCGGAUUUUGUGAGGUGAAAUGUCCACAGAGGGGCACCAAAAGCGAGUUGUAUCUUUAUUUAUAAAUUGUCAUACAGUCAAAAGCGAUGAAUAUUUAUUAACUCUACCCCCUAACCAAAACCCUAACCCUAAACCUAAAUGCAAGUGGAGUAAAAAUGUAAUUUCAGAGUGAAAAUGCAACGUGAUGUCAGUAGAAGACUAUGGCGACCUGGCCGUAAACAUAUUUGAAUAGAUGCAAAAAUUUCUGAUGGGGGAUGCCAUUUGUCAGUAAUUUGGCAGAAUGGGGUCGAAUUCAGGGUACAUGAACAUUUGAAAGCAGCAUGUCGAUUUGCAGUGUGAUCAUGUUGGGUGCGUGCAUGAUGACAGAAUUUUCAUUUUUGGGUGAACUAUAUUUUAAAAUUGUGUGACGAAAUACCACACACCACAGUGCCGCAACUGUUUAGUGAGUUCGCCCCAUCAGUUUUCAUCCGAUAGCUAAUUGAAGCCCAUUGCCGCUCCUUAAUUUACAAUCUGCAGGAUGUAUGUUGUGUAGCACAAAGUUCAAAACAGGGUGAUUGUGACCAUUUUUUAUCAUGCGUGUGUUUGUGAAAUAAUGUAAAACUGUUUCUUAGCCUCUCUUUAUUGCUUAGCUCUGCCUGUAACAAUGUUUCUCUAUACUACAUAUAUAGAGUGUAAUACUGCUGCAUGCUAGCUCGGCUUUAAAGAGUUUUUCAUUGUGUAUAGGGAUGCACUUAUGAAAGGGAGAGCUGACAAUCUCCUUUUCACCUCAGAGAGGCGCUAUACAUCAAAAUGGAUGAAUAUAGGGCUCUUUACAGAUUAUGGCAACGUUUCUUAUUAGGUGACCCGGGCAAUACAACAAACUCAUUCUACCAGGUGUCCAUUUGUGCACUACCCUUGUGCCUACAACUCUCCAGAGGGCAUUGCAGGUUCGAUAUUUUAAAGGGCUAUGUUUGGAAUAGAAUACUAGCACACUGCACUGUAUACACGGCUAGUUAUUAUUUUUUUUAAAUAGUAUGUUAAACAGGAGGCAUUGUGCAAAGAUAAAUAUUUCAAACAGAGGUAUGCCGAAAGGAUAUCCCUCAUUACGUGCAUAUUUAAUAUCAUCUCGGAAAUAAAAAUGGUUAAUUUUUGCAUUUUUUAAAUACAGUUUUGGAUUUUUUAAAAAAUGCUCAGUAUGAUCAAACGUAAGUAAAAAAAAAGAUUUUUAAAAAUUGUGGCUGAUAUUACUUACGGUUCAUUCGACACACUGCAAAUGUAGGUAAUCCUAUGCAAUGCAAAGUAUACAUACUAUAUACUGCAUUUGAAAUUGUAAAAACAGUAUGCUAGUAUGCUGUUCCGAACAAAGCCACAGUAGAUAAGACUUAACGCAAUGAAACGGCACAGAGCAGAAGAUUAUGCUUUUAUUCAAAAAGAAAACAACUGGACAAUUAUUCUCCAAGCAUACCAUAACAGAUGGAGAGUAUACAGUAGUAAUGACCUGUUCUGUGUUUGGGUGCCAUAAAGGUUGCCAGAGAAGUGACCUGUAAAGCACUUUAUCAUAGAAUGAGUGAUGUUUGAAUGAGAGCGAAUGAAACAAAAGCUAUGGAAAGAAAAUGCAUUGUGCCGUGUAACAAUAUGAAACCUAAAUCUACUGAUAACAAAAAAGAUGUUUGCUUAACCUUUCUGAGUUUUGCAGUAUUUAAUUAAAAUGUGUCAGAUUUUGUACAACUGA